CCACCUCCACCACUUACAGGAUCUGAUGUUGAGACAUGGUUGGAGGACAGGCGCCAUUGUCCCGGAGUUGGAGACAGAGACACUGAUAGUGAACACAGAGCAAUACACCCAGUCACUCACCUGGAUGCAGGCACUGACCGGUCUCCUGGAGCGCAUGCAGACUUAUCGGGAUGAGGAGGCGCAGGAGGUCCUUCAGGCCUGGAUGCAGGAGCGGCAGGAGCUGAGAUCCUACACCAAGAACCUCUUCAACCCCCAUUUCGGGAGCAUCUUCCGGACUUGCCACAACCCCACGUACUUCUCCCGGCGCCUGUGCCGCUUCUCCGACCUCUACAUGAGCUCGGUCAGCUGCCUGCUCAACUAUGACCUGCGCUACAUUUUCUACCCGCGGCGGACCCCCCUCCAGCACGAGGCACCCCUCUGGAUGGACCAGCUCUGCACCGGCUGCAUGAAGACCCCCUUCCUGGACGAGAUGUCCCACAUCCGCUAGGGGGGGUGGGGGGGGGAGGAGGGCAGCCGCCCACCCGCUCGAACCUCGAACCUUGAACCCCGACCCGCAGCUGGCCCCACUCUGCGAAGCCUUGAUUGAUUUGGGUGUGGUGGGGGGGAGGGGGGGAGGGGGGGGGCGGUUGUGACCUCUUGACCUCCCGCUGCCCCCAUGGCGUGCCAGCGAAUGGUGCACGUUUGCAGGUCAACGGAAACGGACGCUUUAACCUUCGACCCCUGGCCUCGGGCCUUGGCUCCCGGCAAGGUGGCGAGCUGGGCCCUCAAGACGAUCUCCGGAGAGUCCCCGUCAACGUCGACGGCCAAUGGCGGAAUCCCGGGCCUUCAGCUUAGGCCGGCACUGCCCCCGGGUGACACUCCAAUGCCCCCCCACCCUCACUCCUUUUCUACCCU